AUGAAACUUCUUGCGUUGGGUACCUUGUUCAUUAGCGUUGUCAGCGCCUUGACGACCAGUCAUCUACCUCCAGGGGCCCAUAUUAUUUCUGCUGGCGACAAGGCGUCCCUGCGAAGUAUUGGUGCAUACCAUCAAAAAUAUCCUGAUCGCCGGACAGUCACCAUCCGAGCGUCUAAAAAUGACACAGACGAUGUCUCUGCAGACUUUCUCUGGGGCAUGAAGCAGGCAAAUCAUGGUGGGAGGUUACUGCUGCAGAAGGGCAAGACCUAUGUCAUUGGGAAGAAAUUGAACCUCAGUUUCUUGGACAACAUUGAGGUUCAACUUGAAGGUGAAAUCAAGUUCACCGACGAUAUCGACUACUGGCAAGCCAACAACUUUUACUAUUCGUUCCAAAAGUCCAUCACCUUUUGGGUCUGGGGUGGUCAGGACAUCAAGAUAUUCGGUCACGGCACUUUGAAUGGCAAUGGACAGGAGUGGUACAAUGCUUUUGCUGGCUCAGAGAUCCUGGACCCGGACAACACUUUCUAUCGACCCAUUCUUUUCCUGACUGACAAUGCGACUCGAGUCAGUGUGGAGGGUAUUACCCAGCUGAACUCUCCGUGCUGGACCAACUUCUUUGUCCGUACGAAUGAUAUUUCCUUUGACAAUGUGUUUAUCAACGCGUAUUCGACGAAUGCCUCGGCCCUACCCAAGAACACCGAUGGUUUCGACUCCUAUAACGUGAAGGGUCUGCGCGUAACCAACACACGGGUCGACAUCGGAGAUGACUGCUUCUCCCCGAAGCCGAACACGACCGAUAUCUUUGUGCAGAACUUAUGGUGCAAUAACACACAUGGCGUGAGUAUGGGAAGUAUUGGACAGUAUGCCGGUGUCCAGGACAUUAUCGAAAACGCGUAUAUCGAGAACGUGACUCUGCUUAACGGCCAGAAUGGAGCUCGUCUCAAGGCUUGGGCUGGCCAGGAUGUUGGGUACGGGCGCAUCAACAAUAUCACCUACCGCAACAUCCACAUCGAGAACACCGAUAACCCCGUGGUGCUGGACCAGUGCUACUUCAACGUGAAUACUACCGAGUGUACGCAAUAUCCGUCAGCGGUCAACGUCACCAACAUUGUGUUUGACAAUAUCUAUGGCACGUCCUCGGGGGCAGAAGGCAAAGUAGUUGUGGACCUGACGUGUUCGCCCAACGCCGUCUGCUCCGAUAUUCACCUGUCGCGAAUCAACAUCACCAGCCCGGCGGGAAGCCCGCCUGAGAUAAUUUGUGAUGGGAUCCAGGGGGAUAUUGGAGUCAACUGUACUAGCUCCACCUAG